AUGGAAGAACAGAGCGAUUCUCUGACGUCCGAACCGGUUGACCUCACGAACGCGGCCACUGCGUCGCCCCAGUCGCUUGCGAAAGCCGUCCACGCGCGUCGAUCAGAAUACACGCGGCGGCACCAGAUCAAGGUAAAAAUUGGAUCAUGGAACGUCGCAGCCUGUCUUGGUACCGACAGGGAUCUUGCGCGAUGGUUCGUUGAUGGAGAGGGCCUGGAUCAACAGUUUGCGACGCUCAACCUUCGACAACACGCUGGCACAGAAACGACCGGGAAGGAGGCGCAAGGCGACGCGCACGACCCGAUCCGUCUUGUAGGGGGUGAAAAUGUGGGAUUGUACAUCUUGGGACUUCAAGAGGUCGUCGACUUGAACCUGACAAAGGAGUACAUGACGCGAGCUGUGUAUACGGAUAACAGUGCCACUCAGAAAUGGCAGGCCGCCUUGGAGGCAGCCAUGCCGGCUGGCUACACGCUUGUAUCUGUGGAGCAGAUGUUUGGAUUGUUGCAGCUCGUGUACGCCAGCCCAGAGCUUGCGCCAACCAUCGGGAACGUGUGCACCAGACAAGUCGGCACCGGCAUCGGAGGGUGGUUUGCGAACAAGGGUGCUGUUGCGACGCGACUCAUUCUUGGGGAGACUACGCGCAUGGUGUUUGUCAAUUGCCACCUCGCUAGUGGCGAGACAACGGCAAACCUAGACAGGCGGUGCGCUGAUGCAAAGCAAAUUGUGGCCAAGACACAAUUCGACCCUGUUGUCCAGGCUGGCGUUGAGGAAGACGAGGGAGAAGGUAUUGGCGCUGAGGAUUUCGCCUUUUGGUUCGGAGAUCUCAACUACAGACUGGACGGCCUGCCAGGUGAAGACAUUCGGAGGUUGCUUAUGUUGCAUACCCAGGGCGAAUAUGACCUGAGCAAGGGGUCGAAAACGGAUCCGCCUGAAGGUGAAGGCGUGAUAGUGAUGCGGAGCUCAGAAGACGACGAUAACACCACGACAACGUCCUCAUCAUCGCACUCGAGAAACCAGAGUCUUGAAUCUGAAAGCUCUCUACCAGAUCCAGACGACUUUCCCGAGGAUCCGAGUCAAGAUCCGACGUCACUACAAGCCACCCUGGACUCGUUGCUCCCGCAUGACCAGCUGAGAAGGGCGAUACGGGAGCGGAAGGCGUUUUACGACGGAUGGCGAGAGGGUCCCAUUACCUUUCCGCCAACAUACAAAUAUGACAUCGGGUCUGUUGGUCUGUUUGACUCGAGCGAGAAGCAGCGUGCGCCGAGUUGGUGUGAUCGGAUACUGUACCGCACGCGACGAGAUAAAGAAGUGUAUGAGGCAAAGAACAAAGAGGAGGAAGAAGCCAAGAAGAAGGAUACCGAGAUGAAACUCCGAGGAAUCGAAGACGACGAAGACGUGCUUUUCACGUACGACCCCGGUACGGACGGGGAAUCGCCGUCGGCAGAAGGGCCAGAGAUGGGCUAUGACGAGUACGACGAGAACGAAGAAGAACCAGAACCAGACGUCGUCACGACUAAGGACGGGUACGAAGACCGCAUAAAGUUGGAUAUAUACACAUCGCAUCAGGGAAUCACAUCAUCAGACCACAAGCCUGUGGUAUCUCUCUUCACACUGGAUUACGAUGCAGUUGUACCAGAACUCAAGAGCAAGGUCCAUGCCGAAGUCGCCAAGGAGUUGGAUCGCGCAGAGAACGAGGGGCGCCCUGGCAUCACGGUGAUAGCAGAGUCGGGCAAGGGCGCCGAUGAGAGCGCCAUUGACUAUGGCGAGAUCCAAUUCUUGGAGCGAAAGCUCGCAUCCGUGACUAUUGCGAACACAAGCGGCGUAUCCGCGACUUUUGGGUUUGUCGAGAAGCCACAGCACGGGGGCCUCGAGGAGAAUGUGUCCGACCGAUGGACAACUACGUCCUUCGCCAUCCCAGACGACGAGAACGCAGAAAGUGAGGCUCUAGGGAAGAGUGUCACGCUUGAGCCGGGCGAGACAGUACUUGCUCACGUUGCUGCAUAUAUAUCUUCAGUAUCUUUGCUUCAGAGUCUGAACAAUGGAAGCGCUAAGCUGGAGGACGUCUUGGUACUGCGUGUGGACGACGGACGAGAUCACUUCAUUCCAAUACGAGCAUCGUGGCAGCCAUCAUGCCUCGGUCGCUCUAUUGAUGAACUCAUCCGCGUCCCUGACGGCGGGAUUCGAUCAUUCAUCAAGCAAUGGGCUAUCGAGGGCUCAAUACCAAGUGAUACCGAGCAGAAGUUCUCAGCACCUCAGGAGCUCUUCAAGAUCACGACCGCCAUGGAAGAUCUUGCAGAGCGUUGCAUUGCUGACGAAGCAAUGUUAGAUGAGGUCACUGUGCCAAAAGCAGCGGGUUGGCCAUUGGAGGCCUCGACUUGGACAGCUCCAUCUUCUACCAUGGAUGAGCUCAGCGGCCGGCUAGUUACGGCCUUAGACACGGGAGAGUCUCUAGUUUCGUCGCUUCCUGUCGAAACAAGCUCAGCGCACAAGCUAGAGGCCCUAAGCUCGAUACUGCUGCUAUUCCUGUCGAGCCUAACGGACGGGAUCAUACCCUACCAUCUUUGGCUCAAGAUCGAAACGGCGUUGGCCACCUUGUCACCUGCAAGGCCACCCGACGCGAAGCAGAAGCUUUUGGAUACACUCACUAUAGCUCCAUCCCACAACAUUGCAUUUGUGUUUCUCACCACGGCUUUGUCGAGAAUCGCGACCGAAUUGACACCACCUGCUCCUGCCUCGACACCAGUCCCUGUGCGGAGACUGAGUUUCCGCAAACCGCCGACGGGAGGCAACGAGGCAGCGACCAUCAAAGGGCGACGAGCAAAAGAGAGGAGGUUCUCCGAGAUCAUAGCACCCAUGAUAUGCCGCUCAACAGAGGCCAACGCUCCGAAAGACAAACACACCAAAGAGCGGGAACGAGUAAUGAUUGAAGUCUGUGUACGCGCCGAGGAUGCUCUCUAG